CGCAAUAUGUGAGUAUCUCUAAUGUCCAAUUGAAUAAGAAUUUAUAACUAAGGUGUUGAAGUUACCAUGGAAGCAUUAUAUGAGGCCAUUGCUUCAACAUGUCCCGUUGCGUACUCCGGUGUCACAGGCGGACUGUUUCUCAGAGCCAUGGCGACUGCUAUAACCACACACUGCUUGAUAAUGGACAAUAACGAGUGGCCGAAAGAUAGUACAGAGGAAAUCAUUAAUAAAGGUCAAUCAUAUGACUUUGUUAUUGUUGGUGCUGGAACAGCUGGUUCUUUAGUUGCAAGUUACCUCUCAAACGCAAACCCAUCUUGGUCUGUGUUAUUAAUAGAGGCGGGUGAUGAUACAGGCGUGGAUAGUGAGAUACCUGCAUUUUUAUUCCUGAACCAAAAUUCAAAAUCUGAUUGGUUUUACAAAACCGAUCCGGAUGGUAAAUCUUGUCUGGGUUUCCGGAAUAAGAGUUGUAUUUGGAGCAAAGGAAAAUGUAUGGGCGGUUCCAGUUCCAUAAACGCUAUGCUGUAUAUCAGGGGACAUCCUAGUGACUAUGACGGAUGGCAGAGCUUGGGAAAUCCAGAAUGGGGAUACGACGACUUGAAAAUAUAUUUCGAAAGGCAAGAGCAGAUGUUUAAUAUAACUGACCCCAACUUCGAAGGUUACAAUUACGAUUGGUAUAGAGUGCUAGAUAAAGCAUGGAAUGAAUUAGGUUUCGAAAACUAUAAAUAUAAUGGACACGAGGCCCGAAUGGGCACGAGGAUUGUCAGAAUACUUACUAAUAACGGACAACGUGUAAAUACAGCUAGAUUUUUUCUACAAAUGGCAAAAAAUGUUACCGUCAUGAAAAACACACAAGUUGAGAAAGUAAUUUUGGAUCCGAUAUCGAACAAAGUAGUUGGUUUAGCAAUAAAAAAGUCAGAUGACACAACAAUAAUAAUAAAUGUUAACAAGGAGGUCAUUUUAUCAGCAGGUUCAAUUGGCACUCCUGUAAUUUUGAUGCAAUCUGGCAUAGGACCGAAGUUACAUCUAAAUGAUGUUGGUAUUGCUUGCGUCCAUGACUUACCUGUUGGGAAAAAUCUGCAAGACCAUACCAUGUUCCCUUUAUUCCUAAAAACAAAUGUAGGUACUGUUUUAGAUCCACAGAUAUUUAAUUUACUUCUUCUUCAGUACGUUCUAACUAAAACAGGACCAUUUAGUAACAUAGGCAUAACAGAUUACAUGGGAUUCAUUGAUACGAAUAACGCCGACGACGCACCAAAUGUGCAGUUCCAUCAUACAUAUUUUCCGAAAAAAGAUACUCUUGUCAUACGGACUUAUCUAGAAGGCGUUGGGUAUGAAAAUGAAAUCAUCAGAGCAGUCGAAGUUGUUAAUUCAAAACAUGACCUCUUAGGUAUUUACCCAACUUUACUUCAACCGCAAUCUAUAGGAGAAAUCCUCGUGAGAAAUGAUAAAUCACCAGUAAUAAAAUCAAACUAUUUCGACAACGAUAACGACCUAGAAACCUUACUUAAAUCUAUAGACUUUGUCAAGAAACUUGAGAAAACAAAAGCAUUUAGAGAACUCGGAAUUGAAAUUGUACAGAUUGAAAUACCUGAUUGUAAUAAUUUUAAAUUUGAUUCACACGAUUACUGGGAAUGUUAUAUAAAGCAUAUGACGACCACAAUCUACCACCCAGUUGGAACAGCAAAAAUGGGACCAAAGGGAGACAAGACAGCGGUGGUCGACGGCAAAUUGUUGGUGCAUGGAGUUGAGAACCUAAGAGUUGUAGAUGCUAGUGUUAUGCCAGUUAUACCAAAGGCCAAUACAAUGGCUGCUACUUUAGUUAUAGCUCAAAAAGGAGCGGAUAUAGUAGUUAAGCAGCAUCUAAAAACUUCGAAAGAUGAAUUAUAAAACUUUUUACAACAUGACUUUAGUUUCCUAUAUUGUUAA